AAUUUUUUACAAAAAGUAAAAUACAAGUAUCAAAAAGUCAAAUGGAGACAUUGCAAAUAUGAGAAGUUUUUCUGCAAAUGCAUUUUCUUCACUCUACACUUUUCUGUUUCUGAGACUAUCGCGGCGGAAAACCUGCUUGUCAAGCGUAUAGCAGGGGAUGUCUAAUAAAAAUGACAAGAUGAAUGAUAGAGCGAGUAUACUUAGAGGGUGAAUGUGAUAUGACGCGACGCAAUGCCCGAUUACGUAUGGGCGACGCGAUACGCACGUGAUUCCGACGUCGGCGUCCUGGCGUGAAUGCACUGAUCGAGCGACCAACUUUCGCGGCGAAAUCCGUGUGACCGAUACACUGGAUUACGUAUUGUGCUUGAUGCGAGGGAGAAAUCGUUGACUCCGUGUGGAUCAUAUUAACGCGAUGAUUCGCGUAGCAGAUGAGCCGGCUAAUUGUUUUAUAGCGCAAGAGAAACGAUUGUCCUCCCGAUAUUCGGUCCGCACUUGGCGCGAUACUGUGCAAUCAGUGUAUCACUGUACGCCGAAAAUCAUGCCGCGAAUGACAUUGUCACGCAUGUGGCCACAGUUAAUCGUCAUUUGAUUUGGUGUUUGACAAUUAAUAAUGCUGUUUUACGAUGGUGUUAGUAUGAUAAUGCGGCCGACAUUCCUCAAUACUUAAAAAUUUUCUAUGCAGAACUAUUGCAAACGAGCACAAGUAACUUCGGAAUAUUCCUUAUUAUCGAUAAUGCUUAUCCAGUAAUAUUUAUUUCCAUUAUUGCAUAAAUAGCUGAGAUUGAAAAUCUCACAAUCUCAAUAUUUUGAUUUAUGUAAGAUAUAUAUAUAUAGGAUUUAUAUAAGUGUAUGUGAGUAUUCUACAGGCACAUAAUUCUUGGAUUAUUCAAGAUAGUUGCGUCAGGAGUUAGACAUCUAUAAUAUGCAAUUCAGUUAAGUCACGCAUCUUCGAUAUCAUCCGCGAUGUUAAUCGAGCUCUAAUAGUGGGCGCGAUUUCACGGCUCGCGGAGAAAAUCGGCUUCGCGCCGCAUUUAUACACACUCCACCGCGAAUGCUUCGCUCGCUCGACGAGCGCGCAAAUCGCGCGAUCCCCGUGCGUUUUCCAAUCAACGAUCGCGCUCACCCGCCGCGCUGACGAUCUAAUUAAAGCUCGCACGCGAAAUUCCGCGCGUUCCACGUGUAAUCGGUUUAAGCGUUUGCGCGCGGCAUCGUGCCGCUUAAUUCUAAGCGGUCUCUUCCUCGGAUGAGCACGGACGCGUACCUUGAAUAUAUAGAUAUAAAUCUCCGUCUGCGUCCUUAUUUACGCGCGUCGUGAAUAUGCAUUUGUCUCAAGACGAGGUAAUAAACUCGGAGCCAUGCAGGCGGCUGGUUAAACAACUAAUUAAAACGCCGUCGCGAAAUUGAUCGUCCGCGGAUUAUUAUUUCAGUGGCCAACGAGCGGGAAUGAUUAAUACACUUAACGUGCAACGCGCGGCUACGUUCAACAAAUGGCGAGCGUGUUUUCUUAUAGAGGUUGUCUCAUCGUCGCUGGAAAAUAUUCCCUGACGAAUUUGAAAAUAAUCUUGUUGUGGCAAAAUUUGAUUGAAAGAUCCACCUACGCGAAUAUUUUCUAACGAAAACGUAUUUAGCUAAGAUUAAAUCUAAGAAAUAUAAAAUAUAACUAAAUUGUUAUUUUAAAUUUAGUUCCAGAAUAAAUAACGUUUAUCAAUCUGUUGUAAAGUUCUAUCGAUAUUUUGUGAUUGUGAUAACAUUUGUUAAGUUUAUGUUACAAUGUAGAUAAACGCUAUCGUUGUUAAACAGUUAAGUAAACCCGUGUAAAAUUGAUAAUACCGAUAUCGACUUUUUUUAUAGUCGCAUAUUGAAAAGAUAACGUGCGUUAUCGCUAAUGCGAUAACUGUCACUUAGGUCAGCGGUGCUGUAUCGCAUGUAGAUGAAAUAAGUCAAAAGUGUAACCAUGGGAAAUUCGGAUUCCAACGCUAUUUCGGAAGAGGCUCUCGACGAAUACGUCGAGCUGACGUAUUUGAACAAGAGUGAAAUUCGUCAGAUUUAUAGAUUGCUCAACAAUUUGGAACCAAGCAUUCUUCAAAAAGAUCUUCAUUAUCGUUUUUCUCUACAGCAAAUUGACACAAUUCUUCCGCAAAUUCGUUGCAAUCCAUUUCGCGACUCUAUAUACCGGGUGUUUUCGUCAAAGCGAGACGGACAUUUGAGCUUCGAGGACAUCCUCGAUCUCUGCUCGGCGUUCUCCGUGAAUUGUCCUCAGGGCGUUCGCGCUGCAUGGGCUUUUGAAAUUUUCGAUUUGGACGGCAAUAAUCAAGUCUGUCUCGAUGAUCUGAUCGAGACAGUACAGAGAUUGACAGGCUCUGACGAGAACGGACAGUUUCGAAUCGAUCGGAAACACGCGGAGGACAUAGCGCGAACGAUACUACGUGAAAUGGACAUUGAUGGAACGGGUAGCAUUGUUCUACAAGAAUUCGUACAUAUCCUCUCUAGAAUGCCAGAAUUUGCACAUACAUUCCAAUUCAAAAUUUAAUAAAGUUAAUAAAAUAUUCGAUUCUGAUUUUUCUAGGCAAUAUUUCAAUAUCUUUC